AAACUCUUUAUUUACUUUAUUUCUCAAACAAUUGUGUGCACUUUGUUUAUAACUUCACUUAAAAAUGUAAUGAUAGGGAAGUGUAAUUUGUUAUAUUAGUGUGUCUAAACAUAACAGUGAACAAAAACUGAAAAGCAGUUUUAAAAGUUUGUUCUUCAGUAAUAAUUUAGUCGACUUUUUUUAAAUCUAGAGAAGUAGUAGGAUAGGGAGAUUUUUUUUGAUCUAUAUCGGUUUUCUGUUCAUUUAAUCUGUUAUUAAAAGUUUUGGUAUCGGUAUCGGCAAUACUGGCCCUGCUUUUACUUGGAAUCGGUUCGACACCAAAUUUCACAGUAUCGUCCACCACUAGCGCUCGCAGCUCCCCGGUGGACUCCCUGUAUGUGGGUGAUCUCCACCCGUGUGUCCGAGGCCAUGCUUUACCAGAAGUUCAGCCCAGCCAGGCACAUUCUGUCGAUUCGGGUGUGCAGGGACAUGAUGACCCGCUGCUCUCUGAGUUACGGCUAUGUGAACUUCUGCCAAAAAGCUGACGCUGAACACGCCUUGAACACCAUGAACUUUGACAUCAUCAUGGGCAGACCCGUCCGGAUCAUGUGGUGCCAGUGUCCGCAAGAGUGAGGUGGGCAACAUCUUCAUCAAGAACUUGGACAAAUCCAUUGACACCAAGGCUCUGUAUGAUGCCUUCUCUGUCUGCGGCAACAUUCUGUCCUGUAAGGUAAUGAAGACACAUGCGUUGUGCUGCU